AUGCACUCGCGACAGGUUCUUCUUCUAGUUUUAGCCUCGGCUGCAAUCUGUGAAGUGCAUACAAAAGAUGUAAGGGAAUGCGAGAAACAAUCACAUCAGAAUUAUGUGUGUCGGGAGAUAGAGAGCUUUGAGCAACUUCAUCAAUAUAUUGACGAGGAUUGGCAAUCGGUAAAGAUUGUUAACGAGCACACGACAAUUGAAAAUGAUGAUAAGCCGCUCUCCAAGCUGUCGAAACUGCGUAAUCUGGAUCUGUCGGAGUCGGGAGGUUUGACGUUAGGCGGGCGUGGUUUCCAAGAUUUAAUAUCACUGCAACAGCUCAACUUAUCACACUGUCAACUCGAAGAACUGCACGAUAAGCAGUUUGCUGAGAAUGCGUCCUUGGUCAACUUGGAUGUCAGCCACAAUGACUUGCAGGUCAUUCAGCAAACGCUAAUGAGGCAGCUGCCAAAUCUUGUCUAUGCCAACUUCUCGAAUAAUUUGAUAGCCAACGUCGAGCUGGAUGCUUUCAAGGAACUCAAGUAUUUGCAGUUCCUGGAACUAACCACUAAUGAACAGGAGAACAUAACGAUAGGCAGUAAUGCCAAUCUUCGUUACUUGUCCAUUAGCAACAAUAAUGUAAGAGAUUUCAAUUGGUGCCGCCUGCGGGGAUUGCCACAGCUCCAGGAGCUGCAUUUGCACAGCAAUUGGCUGGAGGUGCUGGACAUGGGCAUCUUCUAUGCACUUCCCCAGCUGCGAGUGCUCAACGUAUCCAAUAAUAACAUCUAUGAAAUUCAGCGCAAUCUUUUCAUUGGACCCGCUCCCGAUGUGCUUCCAUCGCUGCAGCUGCUCGACUACAGCUCGAAUAAUGUCAAGGUGCUCGAGGAUUAUGUGUUCAACAGGUUGCAUCAACUGGAGACACUGAACCUCUGGGGUAAUCAGCUGAACAAGAUCUCUGCCCGCGCCUUUAGGGGCCUGACUCAACUGAGAUCCCUGCAGCUGCAAAACAAUCACAUUCGCGAUCUGCCCAAUGAAGUCUUUGCCAAUCUGACGGCUUUGCAGCUGCUCGAUGUGAGCAAGAACAAGAUUAGGCAACUGGGUGCGAAUGUCUUUGGCUGCAGUGUGUUGAGGAAGCUCAGUUACUUGGAUUUCAGCAACAAUAACAUUGAGCAACUGCAUCCGUUGGCCUUCGCCUCGCUUCCCUUCCUGCAACAGCUGCGACUGAGACGCAACAAGUUGAUUUCUCUAGACAUUCGCAUGUUUGCUCCACUGCGUCGCCUGCAGCUGUUGACGGUGAGCGAGAAUCGACUGAUGGAUAUCGACGAGGACGUGCUCGCCACUCUGGACAAGCUGACUGAGCUGGAAAUCAACAACAACCGGCUGACCUUCUUGGCUGCAUUAAAUUCGCCAACGUUCUUACCCCAAUUGCGCCACAUUCACAUCGAGGGUAAUCCCUGGCAGUGUCUGUGCCUGGACGAGCUUACGACCUGGUUGCAUGGCCAACACGUAAGCUAUGCCAGCUCCAGCAGCGCCUACUACAUUGGCCGGAAACCACUCUGUGUCGUCACGCCCAUGGAACAAUGCAUCAGGGAUUUAGAGGCGGUGCGUGCGCACGGCAUUGUCGAGAGCUAUGAGAGGAUUUAAGGUGGCAAAGGAGCAAUAAAUCAAUAGCACUAAAUGCUAGUGGAGCUCCUCACUGGCCACUGCUUUGUUGGCUGGCUGGUGGGUGGGUGAAUUAUUCUCGCCUUCGUAAAUCACAGACAAAUGAAUGACCAUCAGGCGCAAAAGUUUUUCUAGCUAAAGUAUUUGGCCAACUGUCGUAAAACAAUAAAACGAAAAGCAGCCACACAA